AUGGCACCUUUGAGAAAAUUGUUCCCAUUGCUAGCCUGUCUAUCCAGCAGCCUCAGCGGCCUUGCAAAUGCCGAGUUCAACGAAUCUAACACCGUAUACCCCCUACCAAACGUCGGAAACCUUCCAAUUCACGACCCUGCCGUAUUAAGGCAUCCAAAUGGCACUUAUUUUGCUUUCAAAGGUGGUGUCCAUAUCCCAUACUAUCGUUCGGAACACUUGAACGGAACCUGGGAACAAGUUGGCACAAUACUGCAAAGUGACAGCAUUAUACCAAACAAACAAAAUGCGACAAGACCUUGGGCUCCCCAUGUCGUUUACAAGAACGGUACAUUUUAUUGCUACUAUACCUUGAGUCAAGCGGGCUGUCGCGAUAGUGCAAUCGGUGUGGCUACGUCAAACAGCCUCGAGCCUGGGACCUGGACAGACCACGGUGCAUUAGUUGCUACAUGGUCGGGAAAGAACUCUCAAAUCUCUCCGUACAAUAUUAGCAACGCGAUAGAUCCGAGCGUGCUAAUAGACGACGACGGGAAAGGUUACAUGACAUACGGGAGCUACUGGUCCAACAUCUGGGAGUUGCCUUUGAGCGAUACGCUUCUGGCUAUAGAGACUCCCCACCACCCAGAUGCUAGACAUCUGUCCUAUUAUCCCAUUCCUGGCAAGCCUAAUCACUACAUAGAGCCAGUACCGGAAUGCAAAGAUCCACAAGGAUCUCGCCAUGAAGAAGGAUCUUUCCUCAGCAAGCAUAAUGGCACAUAUUACCUUUGGUUUGCGCAUGGAAAAUGCUGCGAUUACAGCACACUUCCAGAACCUGGAACCGAAUACUCGAUUCGCGUUGGAAAAUCUUCCAACGUCGGCGGCCCAUUUGUCGACAAGUCUGGUAAAAAGUUACUUCAAGGGGGCGGCACAGUUGUGUACGCAUCUAACCAUGGAAAUAUCUUUGCCCCAGGAGGCCCGGGAGUUGUUCCUGCCUCUGGUGGAGAGUCCCAGGAUAUUCUCGUCUACCACUAUCUGGAUCGAAAUGUAGGAUUGAAUUUCGCGGACACGAAGCUGGGUUAUAGCUAUCUUACCUAUGACGAAGAAGGCUGGCCAACGGCACAGCAUGAUCCCAUCGAGUGA